GUGACUGGUCAUGUGAUCUCAGCUCUAACUAUAGCUGCCGAAUGUUGUUUCGUUCACCCACUUUCAGCGGGCGAGCAGAACACUCUUCAUCUCACCUACCGACCAGCUAGCUGCAGGCAACAUGUGGCGUGCAAACAUCCUGUUAUUGGCUAUCAGCUUGUCACUGAGCUUGGCGAAACCUCACGUCAACCUGUUUUCCACUGAGAUGGUUGACUACAUCAACAAGAUCAACACUACCUGGAGGGCUGCUCACAACUUUCAUCAUGUCGACCACAGUUAUCUGAAGAAACUGUGCGGAACGUUUCUUAACGGACCCAAACUUCCUGUUAUGGUUCAGUACGCUGACAACCUGUGGUUGCCGAAGAACUUUGACUCGAGGGAGCAGUGGCCCGAGUGUCCCACAUUGAAGGAGAUCAGAGACCAGGGCUCCUGUGGGUCAUGCUGGGCAUUUGGCGCUGCAGAGGCCAUAUCAGACCGUGUGUGCAUCCACAGCAAUGCCAAGGUCAGCGUUGAGGUCUCGGCAGAGGACCUGCUGACUUGCUGCGAUGGGUGUGGCAUGGGAUGUAACGGUGGCUACCCCUCAGCAGCCUGGAAAUUCUGGACCAGUGAGGGACUGGUCUCUGGUGGCCUAUAUAACUCCCACAUUGGUUGCCGGCCGUACACGAUCGCGCCCUGUGAGCACCAUGUGAACGGUAGCCGACCUCCCUGCUCUGGAGAGGGCGGAAAUACACCAGAGUGUGUGUCCAAGUGUGAACCUGGUUACUCGCCAAGCUACAUGCAGGACAAGCAUUUUGGUAAAACGUCUUACAGCGUUUUGUCAGAGGCGGAGCAGAUUCAGAUGGAAAUAUACAAGAACGGGCCAGUAGAGGGAGCCUUCACUGUGUAUUCAGACUUUGUUCUGUACAAGUCUGGUGUGUAUCAGCAUGUGUCUGGGUCCAUGCUGGGUGGGCAUGCCAUCAAGAUUCUUGGCUGGGGUGAGGAAGAUGGUGUCCCCUAUUGGCUCUGUGCUAACUCCUGGAACACUGACUGGGGUGAUAAUGGAUUCUUUAAAAUCUUGCGUGGCUCAAACCACUGUGGUAUUGAGUCUGAGGUUGUGGCGGGUCUCCCCAAGUAGAACCAAAGGUUUUUGAGUGUCCAUGUUCGACAUCUACUCACUAGAGGACGACAUACUCCACUUGGCUGCACUGAAAUGCCCACAGUGAUUUUUUUUGAACUAUUAUUUUUUUUAAUCAAAGUUCAAUCAGCCUGUUCAAAAGUAGAUGCAAAAGAUUGAAGAAUUACACUUUUUAUUUUUAGGUUGAUCCUUAGAAUGUCUGCAACCACUGUAUGUGCCUGAACACAAUGGGUUUUUACAAUAUGUUCUUUUUUUAUGUUUGACAGUCAAUGGUGUGUAUGUCACAUUGACUUUAUUCAUGUCUGACUUUUGCCGUUUAAAACUUUGAUAGGUUAAACUCUAUGUUGAAUGUGUCCAAUGUUUUAUCAUAACACCUUUUACAUUGUCAUUUUAUUUUUAUGUGCCAUUCUAUAUCUUUUAUUAAGGACAAAGUAUAAAAGUUAGUUUUUAUCAUCACCUUGCUGCAGUGAACAAAGUCUUUGCAUACAACUGUUAAGCUCUGAAUUCAAUUUUGAGUUUGGUUCUUAUUGUGAUUUUGUGUUCUGUGCAUUUGUGUUUAAACAAAUAUAAUUGAUGCAAAUCAAUUUUGCG